AGGCGGGAGAAAGAAGGCAAAGUCCAAGCGACGACGGGCGCCGCCAGCCUCGCCGCCUUAAACCGAGCUGAGUUGGUUUCGCUUCGCAGGCUUUUUCUUCUCGGCCAGAGCCCGGAGUUUUGCACUCGAGGCAGGUGGAGGACACCGAGGAAGAGGAGGAGGAGGAAGAAGCGGGGGAGACAACCCUGGGGAGAGGCGGAAGGAGCGCGCCCUAUUGCCUGAAAAGUUGCUCGCCAGGCGAAGGAAAGUUGGCCGGGGAAUUCCUGACGGUGGGGGGAAAAGUAGGAGCACCAACCGCAGAGGGGACUCUGCCACUCCUUAAUCCUGGUAUUGAGAAGGUCUUCUGGAGAGAAACCAUACAUCUAACGUGGUUGUUAGAAGAUAGGAUUCUCACUUCCUUUCUGCGGAUGUCCCAGCCAAGCCAUAUUUGGUCCCAGAGAGAGAGGUCUCCAUGUAAUAGAACUGUAAUUUCUCUACCACUUGCUUCAUCUUCAGACAGUGAUUCUGGCUGCGCCCUGGAAGAUUAUCCUGGUCCAACCACUGGAUUUCCUCCAUCAGAGCCAGUAUUACAAAGCAGUAGCUCUUUUUCAUCAGCUGUGGUACCUGCUGCUAUUCACAAUCAGCUCCGUAUCAAAAUUCUCCUCUACCAGCUGCCUCCACAAGACUGCGAUGAGAGAUAUUGUCCAUUCAUCGGGGAAGAGGAAAGAAAACAACUCCGUACCUUUGCUGCAUGGCGGCGACAGGAAUCCCUGGGACAGGGAGUUUUACGUCAUCUGCCUCUCACAGCUGAGGAGUACUUAUGCAGAAAUUGUGAUAAGAAUGUAAUCGGAGGAGACCAAGGUGUAUUUGUCUCUAAGCUGGGCAAACAGUGCUGGUGGCAUCCUACCUGCUUUGUCUGCCACAUUUGCCAGCAACCACUCAUAGAUCUAAUUUACUUCUAUCAAGAUGAGAAGAUUUUUUGUGGUCGGCACCAUGCAGAAUUUUUCCGCCCUCGCUGUGCUUCAUGUGAUCAGCUGAUCUUCACCUCUGAGUGCGUGGAGGCAGAAGGCAUGCGCUGGCAUGAAGAACACUUUUGCUGUCUCGAGUGUGACUUGCCCCUGCGCAUUCAGCAAUAUGUGAUGAAAGGUGGACAACCCUACUGCUGUGCUUGCUUUGAGAGUUUUUAUGCAGAUAUCUGUCAAGCCUGUGGAGAGAUUGUUGGUGUCAACAGUAAACAGAUCGUACUACAAGGUCAACGUUGGCACAGCAAAGACUCGUGUUUCUAUUGUAGCCUUUGCCAUAAAACACUGCUGGGUCAGCCAAUCACCAUUCGCAAUGGUCUUCUCUUCUGCUCUGAGGCCUGUAGUUUGGAAAAGGAAUCAGCUUUGUCUUCCAGUGACUCAGAUUCCUCUGACUCUGCUUUCAUCUCUGCUCCAUCCCCGGACUCCACCCCAAUUUCAAGAGUUAGAAACAGCAGCCCUGAUGGCUCCUCUGAAACUGCGAGAACUCAAAGAGAUGGCCGUGAGGAAAGGGCAAGUGCAGUUGUGACUGAAAGGCUUCACUCAUGUGGGAAUUCCUCAGUGUAUGCCGAGUUUGACAGUCAGGAGAAAUCAGUUUCUUUCAGAAAUAGAACAAUCACCCCACAGCUUCAUGUAUUUGACUCAUUGACUGUUUCACCUCAAGAGGAUGUGCGAAUCUCCAUCUCUCAUUCUAUGGACACAGCUUGGAGCACCACAGUUCUGAGGGAUAAUUGCAACUUGAAAACUUAUUUUCAAGAAACAUCUCGGCCACAAGCGGACUUCCACUUCAAAAGCAGGCACUCGGUAGCCUCACAGGCAUCUGUAUUAAUUAUGGAUUUUCCAGACAGAAUACAUGAAGGCAGCACUGAGGAACAGGAAGCUACUGGGGAACUAGAUGAUUCCAAGUAUCUCACUUGCUCAUCCUCAUCCUCUUCUGACUCUGAGCCAGAAGGUUUCUUCUUUGGGAAGCCAAUUCCAAAGCCUGGUUCCAGAUGUGUAGCUUUUGCCAACAUGGAGCAGGAAACACUUGGGAAAGGAAUAGGGUGGGCUGCCAGAGCAAGAGCCAACAGCAAACACUGUAGUAUAUCCUAGCAGACAGGCAAUGAUUAGCAAAAGGGGGAAAGCAAAGGGGGAAGAAACAAUAAUGAAAGCAGAUCAUCUUCUGCAAUGACUAGAUUAAAAUUAGUAUCAGAAACUUGCUUAAAGAUGCAUGCAUGCAUGCAUAAAUAUUUCAUUCUUUUCCUGCUGCAAGGCUGAUAAUUCUAAAUCCAAAAAGCAGAUUAAAAAGUCACCAUUUGUUUUAUAAUUUUGGAUGCCCGGGAGAAUUAUUUCUAAUGAGUCAGCACAUUUUUAUUAAAAUCAAAUAAAGAUAGCUUCCAUCGUAGCUAUAAGAAAAUCUCUAAAACCACUUUUAUUUGGAUCUCUCAAGAGUUUAAAAUUAAUUCUUAAAUUUUCUUCAUCACAUUAGAUGCUGAAGAAAGAAAAAAAUACUAUCUGCUUCUCAGACUAUAUGUGUUUAGUUUUGAUGAUAUAUGUGUUUAGUUUUGAUGAUAUUUUGAAGAUAUAAAGCUACGGUAUUCAACUUUGGCUCUGCCAAGUACUGGGAGUAUUUCAGGUUGACACGAUGAUUACUCCACGUUUGCUCUGAAGAAACUAACCACUUAAUGCUCUUUCACCUGUAACGGAAACAGAUUUGAUCUUAUACUUGUUUUCUGUACUUAAGAUAUUUUUCCAAAACAUUCUGCUACAGGAUUUAUUUUCAUGUUGACUCAGAUUUCCUAUCUCAGCAUGGCAUACAGCCUCAUUUGAAUGUCUGCAGCAGACUCCCACAUCCCAUCAAGACUGUAAUUAAACACACACUUGUGGUUGGAACAUUAAGUCACUAACAAACAGGCUUCCUAUAGCAGCAGUUCUGAUUGGAUGUUGCUUACUAUGUUAUGACACAUAUUUGUAUGUUCUGGAAGUUCAAACAAUGAAAUAAAAUACAA